AAUUUGGGUGGUGUGGAAAACUUUUAAAGGAGGGAGAAACGGUGCGUUUCGGUUAUAAUAAAGGAUGAAACUUUGGUAUGGUGGUUGCUCUGUAUCUCGAAUCCUCUGCUUCCAAGCAUCAAAAAUGUCAUCAUGUUCCUUCUGUUCCGCUCGCUUUUUCACUUCCAAAUUGCCAAUCUAUUUCCACCCAACAAAGCCCUUCCUUUCCCCUUCUAAACCCUCCAAUUUUUCCUUCUUUUACAACAGAUCCAUCUCUUUCCAGAAGAUUCCUACUAAAACACCACCACCGCUCCAAUCAUCCUCAUCAAGCUCCACCCAACUCCAACCCAUGGAGGAACUCCCUCCUAAGCUGCAAGAAAUCGUCAAGCUUUUCCAGUCUGUCGAAGAACCCAAGGCCAAGUACGAGCAGCUCAUGUUUUAUGGCAGAAACUUGAAACCCCUCGAUACCCGAUUCAAAACUAGAGAGAACAAAGUUGAGGGUUGUGUUUCGCAGGUUUGGGUUAGGGCUUAUCUGGAUGAAGACAAGAAUGUUGUCUACGAAGCUGAUUCUGAUUCUGUUUUAACCAAAGGACUUGCUGCUUUGCUUGUAAAUGGAUUGUCCGGAAGGCCUGUCCAGGAAAUUUUGAGAGUUUCUCCUGAUUUUGCUGUGCUUCUUGGGCUGCAACAGAGCUUGACACCUUCCAGGAAUAAUGGGUUUUUGAACAUGUUGAAGCUGAUGCAAAGGAAGGGUCUUGAGUUGCUCAUUGAAGCUGAGAAGGGUAGUGGAUCUUCCAGUAGUGGUCAGGUUGUGAGUGAUGGAUUGAGUUCUCAAGCGGGUAGCAGUGAAAAACCUGUUGAUAACUCAAUCUCGGAUUCAAAAGUUGAUGAGAAUUUAGGCGUUGGAUCGAGUUCUCUAAAGGGUGGUGAAGAAAGUUCAAGUGGCUUGGGAAGUAGAGGAAUGAGGAUAAGGGAGAAGCUGAAGAGGGAGCUUAGUCCUGUUGUAUUGGAAGUGGAGGAUGUUUCUUAUCAGCAUGCUGGACAUGCUGGUGUGAGGGGUAGUGAUGGGGAAACGCAUUUUAAUUUGAGAAUUGUGUCAAAGGAAUUUGAAGGGACGAGUUUGGUUAAAAGGCAUAGGCUAAUUUAUGGUUUGUUGGAUGAAGAGUUGCAGAGUGGAUUGCACGCCUUGUCUAUCGUGGCAAAGACACCAUCUGAAGUUGAAGCAAAAUGAACAGAUGUCAUGACUAGUGGAAAAAUAGGUUCUUUUCUUGUACUGUUUGAUGCUUUGAAUUUAAGAUGAUGCUCUCUACUUUUGUAGGUUUUGAAAAGGUGUUAAAUUGAGGAAUUGGGACUAUUGUACCUUGGAUUUUUGUUGACAAUUCAUAAAUCAGUUAUAUGCUGCUCGAAUUUUUGAAUAAAUAAGUGCCUAUGUGGUUCUUUUACUAUGAA